CCCCAGCUCUGCUCCCUAAUACCACACUCACCCUGUCCUGCCAGCCCUGGCUCUUUGCCUGCCUGGACCCUUCCCCAGUGCUGCCAGAAUCAUCCCAUUGUCCUCCCAGCUGCUUCUGAGUCUGGGSUCACCACCUCCCUUUCCUGGUGCAUCCUCUCUGGAGUUUUAGUCCUGUGUCUGCCCUUGAGCCAGGUGGGACAGUCUGUGGAGAGGAAGAGUCCCAAGACUACUGUCAUGGCCACCAUGGCCUGCCCUAGUGAAAAUAGUGUUCUUUCUGCUGCCAGAUGCUGUGGCACCCAAGGGAUAGGGCASCCAGGAAUGGCCCUGGGGACUACCCAGGAGGGUAACAGUGACGUGUAGCUGUCUGUCCCUCCCCCAGGUCAUGUGCUGGUGGACAGUGCCCAGUGCAUUAACUGUCCUGACACAAGGCAGUGUUGGCUUCAUCUUACAAGGGGGGAGUUCUCGGGAGGCUUGAACAAUGUUCCUGCUGCCGGGAAUAGCUGCCAGCUCUGCUUGUUGGCCCCAUGUGAGCCCAGUCCUGCUGCCAGGCUGCCAUGUGCAGCGGGGGAGGUCAGGCAGCCACGGGGAUCCUGGCAGGGCAGCUCGGAACGUUCCACACCUGAGGUCAUCCUCUAAAGCUGCACAGAAGGGCCAUGACUCCUGGCAUCCCAUGCUGCCUGCUGCUGGCUGAGAGGCUUGAGAGGACCCACUGCCUCCCUUUGGGGUGGGCAGGCCCACUCCAGACCCCCUUCCUGUCGAAGGUACCAGGGAGCCUCAGGCAAUGUUGGUGGCUGCUGCAGCAUCUGGUUGCACAGAGAUGGGGUGAUGGGAGCCAUGGGAGCACUUUGCUUGCCCAGGGUGGGUGUACAGGCAUAGGUGCCAUGCCAUGGGAUGAUUCCAGAUCAUAUCCCUCCUCUGCUGAGCCUCUCUUGGCUGGCUGUCACAGGUUCUACACACCCCAGCUCCCCGUAACAAGCACAGGUGUCCUGCUCAGCCCGGAGGGGGGGCAGUGGGUCUCUUUAAGAGGGUGUGGGGCUAGAGAGGUGAGUCAGGGCACCAGAAAGCRGGAGGGUGAGCUCAUGGUAAAGCUGCCCCAGUCAUGUGGAGCAGCCACAGCUGUUGGUGCCCUUGUGCUGUGGGACGGAGGGGCCAGCGGCAUAAAGCCCCACGGCCAGCGAAGCUGCCAGCAGCACCAGGAGCCAGGACAGAGCACUCCUGCCCGUGGUGGCAAGAAGAGGACGCAUCCUGCACAGGACUGYACAUUGCGGACGAACAUGGAGCUGGAUGUGGAACGGGCCAAGGAGCUCAUCGAGCAGAAGCUGGCAGAGGAGGAGGAGGUGGAGAAACUCAAAGARGAUGGUGCACCGGAGCCGCCGGCCGUGGAGCGGAUGAACACACCUGAGCUGGAGGAGGAGAAACGCUGUGGCCYCAGGAACCGGGGCCUUGAAGCCAUCAAGGGCCAGGAGAGGGUGCGGAGGAGUUCAGUGGAUCUGAGGCGGGAGAUCAUCGACGUGGGGAGCAUCCAGCGACUCAUCGAGCUCCGCAAGCAGCGCCGGCAGCGCCGGGCAGARCGGGCGGCCACCCCCGAGCCCACCCCGCCACCGGAGCCCCUGGAAAUUGAGGGUCCUGUGGAGCCAGAGACCUUCCUGCGAGCCGCCGUCCAGGGCAAGAUGUACAUCAUUGAGAAGUUUCUGKCAGACGGUGGCUCCCCUGACACAUGUGAUGAGUUCCACCGCACAGCCCUGCACCGCUCCUCGCUGGAGGGACACAUGGAAAUCCUGCAGAAGCUGCUGGACAGUGGGGCCACUGUUGACUUCAGGGACCGGCUGGACUGCACUGCUGUGCACUGGGCCUGCCGCGGCGGACACCUGGAUGCUGUCAAGCUGCUGCAGGACCGUGGGGCAGACCUCGAUGUGAAGGACAAGCUGCUCAGCACACCUCUUCAUGUGGCUGCCCGAACCGGACACCUUGACAUUGUGGAGCAUCUCAUCCACUGCGGGGUGGAUAUCAAUGCCCCAGACAGGGAAGGCGACACAGCACUGCAUGAUGCCACACGGCUCAGUCGCUACAAGAUCAUCAAAACACUGAUCUUGCACGGGGCYGACAUGAUGGCCAAGAAUGAGGCUGGCAAGACCCCGACAGACCUGGUGCAGCAGUGGCAGGUGGACACACGCCAGGCACUGGAGACCAAGGAUCUGCCCCUGGGGGAGAUGGAGGUGCCUGCAUGAUGGCACCAGGCAGAGACCAGGGGCUGGGCUCAGCUCCGAGGAGCAGCAUCCAGAGAAGGCUUGUCUGUGUCAAUAAAAGUCAGCAAAGAGCAGCA